GCCAAACUAUAACCGUGUCAGGUCCGGGUUGGUGAGAACAUAAAUUAAAGGUUAAUUGGUCGGUAUGUUGUCACCGCGGUUGUCACUGACGUCGAGGAGCACGCUAUCGCCCUCGCGAUAAGUAUUUUGCACACGAUGCGUGACGUUUCAUCCACUUGAAGACGGAGAGGUGGCCCCCGGAGCCCGGUGUGUGAAGAGGCACCAUGGAGGAGCUGCACAGCCUGGACCCCCGGAGACAGGAGCUGCUCGAGGCGCGUUUUAUGGGCGGGGUCAGCGGCAGCACAGGGGGCAGCACUGGCAGCACGAGCGGGGGAACCAAAGGAUUGACCAAUAAUGAAUGUUCAAAUCACAGUUUUGGAAGUCUGGGAUCCUCAAGCGAUAAGGAGUCUGAGGGGUCAGACGUGAAAAGAGGCAGUUCUCCUGCUUAUUCGACCCCUGAAAAGAAACAGUCUGAAACUACCAGAGGUAGAAAACGGAAACCUGAGAUCCAGUCAGAGAGCAGCCAAGGAAAAUCAAUUGUGCGAGGACCCAAAAUAAGUGAUUAUUUUGAUUUCCAGGGAGGAAAUGGCUCCAGUCCUGUGAGAGGUCUCCCCCAAAUGAUUCGUUCGCCUCAGAACUCACAUUCCCACUCUGCUCAGGGCACUGCUGUUAGACAAAAUAGCUCAUCUCCUACUAGUCUGUCUUUCGGGGACCACAUGACGCAUCCAAAGCAACUAGCAGUCAAGUUUGUUCAGACUGAACUCACGGUGUUGAAGUUGGCUGCCCUUGAAAGCACCAAGAAUCUAGACCUUGAGAAGAAGGAAGGGAGAAUAGACGACUUGCUACGGGCAAACUGUGAUCUCAGGAGACAGAUAGACGAACAACAAAAAUUACUUGAAAAGUACAAGGAACGCUUGAAUAAAUGCAUCACCAUGAGCAAGAAGUUGCUCAUAGAAAAGAGCACCCAGGAGAAGCAGGCCUGCCGGGAGAAGAGCAUGCAGGACAGACUACGUCUAGGUCAUUUCACUACCGUGAGACAUGGAGCCUCCUUCACGGAGCAGUGGACGGAUGGCUACGCUUUCCAAAAUCUUGUCAAACAACAAGAGUGGAUAAACCAACAGAGAGAGGACAUCGAGAGGCAGAGAAAACAACUAGCCAAGAGGAAACCUCCAGCUUCCAACUCCCAAGCACCAACCACAAACUCUGAGCCAAAGCAACGGAAAACCAAGGCAGUGAACGGAGCAGAGAGCGACCCCUUUCUAAAACCCAGCCUACCUCAACUGCUCACCCUAGCAGAGUACCAUGAACAGGAAGAGAUCUUCAAAUUGCGACUUGGACAUCUCAAGAAGGAAGAAGCUGAGAUCCAGGCAGAGCUGGAGCGUCUGGAGAGAGUGCGCAACCUUCACAUUCGAGAGCUGAAGAGAAUAAAUAAUGAAGACAGUUCUCAAUUUAAAGAUCACCCAACGCUGAACGAGCGAUAUCUGCUCCUGCAUCUUCUGGGGAGAGGGGGCUUUAGUGAAGUUUACAAGGCUUUUGAUUUGAUUGAACAACGAUAUGCUGCUGUGAAAAUCCAUCAACUUAACAAGAACUGGAGAGAGGAGAAAAAGGAGAACUAUCACAAGCACGCGUGUCGAGAAUACAGAAUACACAAGGAGCUGGACCAUCCCCGGAUUGUGAAACUAUACGACUACUUCUCACUGGACACAGACACGUUUUGCACCGUUAUGGAGUACUGCGAUGGCAAUGACUUGGAUUUCUACUUGAAGCAGCAUAAGCUAAUGUCUGAGAAGGAGGCUCGCUCCAUAGUCAUGCAGAUUGUGAAUGCACUAAAAUACCUGAAUGAAAUCAAACCACCCAUCAUCCAUUAUGACCUUAAACCAGGUAAUAUCUUGUUGGUGGACGGCACUGCUUGUGGGGAAAUAAAAAUCACUGACUUUGGUCUGUCCAAAAUCAUGGAUGACGACAACUACGGCGUAGACGGGAUGGAUCUGACGUCACAGGGGGCAGGAACCUACUGGUACUUGCCUCCUGAGUGUUUUGUGGUCGGUAAAGAACCUCCAAAGAUCUCCAAUAAGGUGGACGUGUGGUCAGUGGGCGUCAUCUUUUUCCAGUGUCUGUAUGGAAGGAAGCCAUUUGGCCACAAUCAGUCACAACAGGACAUCCUUCAGGAGAACACCAUACUCAAAGCUACCGACGUCCAGUUCCCUGUAAAGCCUGUUUCCAGUAAUGAAGCAAAGGCCUUCAUCAGGCGGUGCCUGGCGUACAGGAAGGAGGACCGGAUCGACGUUCACCAGCUGGGAAGCAACCCCUACCUUCUCCCUCACAUGCGGAGGUCAAGCUCCUCUGGAAAUCUGCAGAUGAGUGCUGCUGGUUCAGGACCAACCUCCUCCAGCAUCAUCUCGUAUUAACAGCCUCGGACUGUGACGGAAAAAUCAAAGAGAGCUCCUCAGAGGCUCGUGCUCCUGAGAGGAGGAACGGUCGGCGACAGAAGGAGCGAGACGCGAGUGCGGGGAGGUCUGUCCUGACCUGUGCCAGGCUUCUACUUGUUUACCGGGGCUUGGUCAACGAAGGGACAGUGAAGGGAUGUUUUUAAAAGGACACGGGCGAAUGGAUCUUUUUGAGGGUCCGACAUAAGCACUGAAAUUGACUACGUACCUUGAAGAAAAUGUGACUGGACUGUUGAGACGUUGCAGACAGAUAAAGCCUUAAAGGGCCGAAGGGAGACUUGGCAGCCUGCCGUUUAGAUUAAAUAACAUGGUCCUGCCAGCGUGCAAAUGAUUCAGCUGCUAGAAGUUAAUUUACUGUGAGGAGGGGGACGGUCAUCGUUAGUUAGAAACACAAAGAUUUCACUAUUGAUUUGGAUAAAUGUUUUCGUUUUCCACAAACGUUAGGCUUUGAGUUACUUAGCCAUGAGAAUGUAAUGUGUAGCAUAAAAGUGACAUCUAGUGUCAUGUAGGUUGGGGCAGCGUACUUAUUUUUAAUGCACAAAGUAACCAAAUGUAGAAAAACGACAAUGUAUAAAAACCCUAUGCAGGAAUAUAAUUAACAGAUAAAUUGGAAGCUGUAUAUGCUGUACAGGUGAAUUUUGAAAUUUUGAGCUGCAGCAGUAAAUGUGUACAAAGUUAAAAAUUCCCAGUGUAAAAAUCAGUUUCCUGGAGUGGUUUAAUUUUGCUGCUUUGUUGCUCUUACUUUUUCAAGGGCUGUAUGUUCCACUUCAGGUACAUAUUGUACAGAUCUGCCAAGAGUGAAUAAUAAAUGCCAGGAAACUUUU